ACGAAUUCCAGGAGCGGCAACCAAGCUCGCACUCGCACCCCCACUCCAACCGGCCAAACCCCCGGAAACCCGAGCCCAACCGGCCACCACCACCACCACCACCCCCGUCCCCAGCUCCGAGACAAAAACGCAAACACCUCGCACUCGCGGCCAUGCCCCCUUGCCACCGCCGCUGCUGACCAGCCAAUCCGACCCGCCUGCGACCCACCGGUGCGCCUCUCGCCGGAAAAGCCCAGGCGCCUCCAUGGACCCGGCCUACGACGAGCUCGAGCGCCGCAGCCGCUACCUCAGCUCGCUCGUCCGCCGCACCAGGCUCGCCGACCCGCCCCAGCCGGAGCCGGAGCAGGAGCAAGAACCGGAACCUAAGCUGAAGGUGGUGCCAAAACCGGCGGCGGAGCCCAGUGACGGGGACGGUAAGGGCGGCAAGGCGGAGGUCAAGGAAAGGGCGGUGAAGGCCAAGGGGCAGGGGGCCACGAACGGGGAGGAGAGGAAGGUGGCGGUGCGGGUGCGCGCCGCGGACAUGCCGCUGCCGCUGCAGCGGCGCGCGAUCUGGAUCGCGCGGGAGGUCGUCCUCGCCACGCCGCGCCUCGAGAGCAAGCGCCUCGCGCUCGCGCUCAAGAAGGAAUUUGAUACGACAUACGGGCCUGCCUGGCACUGCAUAGUCGGCACAAGCUUUGGUUCCUACGUCACUCACUCCUUAGGAGGUUUCCUGUACUUCUCUGUCGACAAGGCAUACAUUCUUCUCUUCAGAACCGCUGUCGAGCCACUGAGCCACCCUUGAUGAGACCUGGAACCUCACACACAAGUGUUGUAGAUUCAGAGAAAAUCUGUAAUUUAAGCAGCUGUAUUAGGUGCUCAGCGGGCAGUAAGUUUAAGCAGUAGAGAAGGGUCGCCUCUCCGCAUACAAAAAUGUAAAACAAACAUGGCUCUAUUGAAUUUUAAGUAUGUACCAGGCGGUUGCUGUGUAGCCUUCUCUGUACUGCUGACUGCUGAGUAUUGUUGACCUACGAUUCUACAAAGCUCAUCGUCCGAGUGUGUUGAUA